AUGGCCGUCGAUCUCGACAUACAACCUCCCGAGUCAACAGCGACAUCCACCCCUCCCCCGCAGACCCGCCAUCCUCUUCCCCAAGAAGCGCAUGGAUCUCUGGCGAUCCGCACUUCCACCGCUGAUGAAGCGACAUGUCUGGAGGUAGACCACAUGAUUCUCGAUUUCUUCCUCCACGAUGCCAUCCAAACCUGCCUGUCCACUCCCCACUCAAUCGACUCGGCCAUCCGCCGCGUCGACGACUUCCUCUCCAUCUUCAACGACCGCCAUCCCACUUACUCCCCAGACCCGGAACUCCAUUUCCGCCAACUCCUCCUUCAACUCUUGACUCUGAUAACCAACCGCUACGAGCAAAAGUCCACCACUCCACCUCUUGCCUCUCUCAUCGCCCUCCGUGAUCAAAACAUAUCUCGCGCGAGAAAGUGGAUCGCAUCUUCAGCGGCUCCCACAUUCCCCUACCCUCUCAUAACAUCCCCCAGGUCCUCACACCCGGAUCAAACAGCCCUCCUCGCCAAUACAACAUCCGUCCUAGCUUCUCUCAACCGUCUCACCACAUCCUCAUUCUACGGGUCACAACAGAGUGUGUCCCUCGUAGAUCUCCUCCCGAUGUUCAUGGAUMUCUCCGCUGUGGUAUGCGGCAAACUCGUCCCGGGUGGGAUCAAUGAUCAAUGGAUGAAGAUGGCAAGUGAGUGGAUGUUACAGGCUUGUUUGGAGCAGUUMUUCGUAUACGGAGCAACAAACACGGAAUUCAUUGAUGAGGCCUUUGCUUGGGGGUGGCAACGGAAAGGAGAGGGAGUGGUGAAUGCGAUGUUUAGAGAUGAGGAGGUUGAGAGGGAAGUCGAGGGUUGGGAAGGAUGGAAAGAACGGAGAUUGGAUGCUUUGAUGAGGGAGGUGGAAGGGGAAGAUUUUGCUGGACGACUGGAGAGAUUGGCGGUGGAAUACAGUAUGAAGCAAUUCGAAGAGACCGUGAGAGGUUUUCUGGAGGCUCUGGGACAAUGCAUUUCUGAACCUGUAUUGUUGCAGCUACAGAAGGGAAAGCUGCAAGAMAUGUCGGAAGCUGAUACGGCCAAAUUUUUGAAGGAGUGCGGAGUUGCAGAGGUAGGGUUGGCCGAGGCACUUCAAAGAGAUGGUUGA